CUUUUUUUCAGUAAAAUGUUUGCUUUUAAAAACAGAAUAUACAAUGGUAUGAAAUAUGGAAAAUAUUGCCAAAGCAGAAAUUUUAGAGUAGGAAAUUCAUCUUUGGGCAGUGUUAACCUGCAGGGCCGCAGCUUCCUAACACUGAAGGAUUUUAAUGCACAGGAAAUUAAACAUAUCCUGUGGGUAUCCGCUGACCUGAAACAUCGAAUAAAGCACAGGGGAGAGUAUCUCCAAUUACUUCAAGGCAAAUCUAUUGCCAUGAUAUUUGAGAAGAGGAGCACUAGAACCCGCAUGUCUACUGAAACAGGGUUCUCUUUGUUGGGUGGCCAUCCAUGUUUUCUCACACCCCAGGAUAUUCAUCUGGGGGUCAAUGAGAGCACCACUGACACAGCCAGGGUGCUUUCUGGUUUGGCAGAUAUCGUGUUAGCUCGGGUGUAUAGUCACUCAACUCUGGAGCAACUGGAUAAAGACGCUUCUAUACCAAUCAUCAAUGGCCUGUCUGCACUCUACCACCCCAUACAGAUUCUGGCUGACCUACUCACACUGCAGGAGCACUAUGGUUCAUUAAAAGGCCUCACUGUGGCUUGGAUAGGUGAUGGAAACAAUGUGCUUCACUCCUUCAUGAUGACAUUGCCCAAACUAGGUGUCAGUCUAAAAGUGGCCACACCCAAGGGUUAUGAGCCAGAUACUAAUGUCACUCAAGAGGCUCAGCGACUGUCUAAACAGUUUGGUACCAAGUUGCAAUUCCUCCCUGACCCAGUGGAGGCAGCACGGGGCAGUAGUGUGCUGGUUACUGACACCUGGGUGAGCAUGGGCCAAGAGGAGGAGAAGAAGAAGAGGCUUAAGGAUUUCCAUGGUUACCAGAUCACUAUGCAGACAGGAAGUGUGGCUGCACCAGAUUGGACCUUUCUGCACUGUCUUCCACGUAAAGCAGAGGAAGUGGACGAUGAGGUUUUCUACUCACCUCGAUCCCUUGUGUUCACCGAGGCUGAGAACCGCAAGUGGACCAUCAUGGGUUUGAUAGUGUGCAUCCUGACAGACUAUUGGCCACAAAUUCCUAAACUCAAAUUUUGAAAUAUCGGGAGAAAACAAACCAAACAAUGUUGCCAAAACAACAGAACAUAGAAGCAGAUACAUUUAAAUUUCAUCUAUACAUUUGCUUCCUGUAUCAUAAAAUGAGCAAUUAUCAUAUAUCUUGACAUCAUUUGUCAUUAUUCUUUCUUCAGUAUUCCUUUGUCAGUAUCUUCUGUCAAAAAUUCAGAAUAAAGUUUCUGAAUUGAAUGUGUGAAAAAUCCUUUUCACAACAUGCAUUUCAUUAUCCAAACAUUUCGGUGCAAGUUCACAAGUAGUCCAAUCCUGUAUAUGACCUAUAGAGGGUGCUAUGAAAUUAUAAACAUAUUUUACAGUAUGUUUGUAUUAUGUAUUAUCAGUACAUUUUAUGUUCUGAUUUUAUUUUUCCAAAGUACAAGGCAUUGGAAGGACACUGCAAAUGCACAGUUUUUCAGAUUCAUAGAAAAGGGUCACAAAAUGCAUGUGGCACACUCAAAGAUCAAAUUCUUUUUCAUGGCAAUAAAAUGACUGUCAUUGCCUCUCAGAGUUUCUAUGUAAUUAUGUAAUAUGGCAUUUAUGCCACCUACAAUCACUUAGAAUUUUACAUAACAGAUAAACUCCUCUCAGUUAUCUCUCACAUACUGUAUGUUAACGUUGCACAAGACACACAAAAAAACGCAACAAUACAAUCCAACAGUGCACAAUACUUUAGAAUGAUUAUCAGUGUGAGGGCAAGCUUUUUCAAAGCUAGUUUCAUGUUAUGGCUACUGAUCUUAUCAUAAGUUAACUUAUCUUAUCACCUGGCUAAAUAAAGCCAUCCCGGACAGCCCGUUACAUCUGCCAGGCUUCCAGCUGUUCAGAGCAGAUCGCGUUGCGGAAUCAUCAGGGAAAACGAGAGGCGGUGGAACAUGCUUUACAUCAACGAAUGUUGGUGUACAGAUGUAACAGUGUUGAAGAUGUGCUGUCUUAAUUUAGAAGCGCUCAUCAUCAACUCUAAGCCUUUCUACUCACCGCGGGAGUUUUCCUCAUAUAUUCUGGUGAGUGUGUACAUCUCGCCACAAGCAUGCAUGAACGCAGCAUUGCAACAGCUGGAUGAUCACAUCACAGACAUGGAGCAACAAUAUCUGGACUCUCUUAUCAUUAUUCUGGGAGAUUUUAAUAAAGCUAACCUCACCUGUGAACUGCCAAAAUACAAACAACACAUCACAUGCCCCACCAGAAACAGAAAUAUACUGGACCACUGCUACACCACUGUAAAGGAUGCAUAUCGCUCUGUCCCUCGACAGCUUUGGGACUCUCUGAUCAAUGUCUGGUUCAUCUUCUCCCGACCUACAAGCAGAAACUAAAAUCACCUAAGCCUGUAGUAAGCACAGUAAAGAGAUGGACCAAUGAAGCAGAGCUGGAACUACAAGCUUGCUUUGACUGCACUGAUUGGAGUGUUUUUGAAGCUGCGGCCACAGACCUGGACGAGCUCACAGAUACUGUGACAUCAUAUAUCAGUUUCUGUUAGGAUAUGUGCAUCCCUACUAGGACAUUUUUAUCAUUCAAUAAUGAUAACUUUGGUUUACAGGAAAACUGCCAAAGAGGAUGCUUACAGAAGUGAGGAUAAAAUAUUGUACAAACACACUGACUAAGGAAAUCAGAAUGUCUAAAAGAAGCUACUCUGAAAAGAUGAAAAAACAGUUUUCAGCCAACGAUCCUGCAUCUGUGUGGAAAGGCCUGAAAAGCAUCACCAAGAACAAGACACCACCUCCUCGCUCUGUAGAGAAUCAACAAAUGGCAGAUGACCUGAAUGUGUUUUACUGCAGGUUUGAAAAGCCCAGUCUCACACCCCUCCCCCGCUCUGAUCUUCACUUCACACACACACACCAACACCUCCUGGAACCCCCCUCCUUCCCCCUCCUGCUACUCAACUUGAACUCUUGGUCUGUGAGGAGGAUGUGUGCCAGGUCUUUCGGAAACAAUGACUAGGAAAGUUUCAGGCCGAGACGGUGUUUCAUCUGCCUGUCUGAAAGUCUGCACUGACCAACUGGCCUCCAUCUUCACACAGAUCUUCAAUAGAUCAAUGGAGCAGUGUGAAGUUCCCAGCUCUCCGUGCCCACCCCAAUCUGUCAAUGGAUUACUAGCUUUCUAAUAGAUAGGCAGCAGCAAAUGAGACUGGCGAACUCACCUCCGGGACCCUCACUAUUAGCACUGGUGCUCCUUAGGGAUACGUUCUCUCUCCACUGCUCUUCUCCCUGUACACGAAUGACUGCACUGCAAAGGACCAUUCUGUCAAGCUCCUGAAGUUUGCAGACGACACCACGAUCAUCUGCCUCAUCCGUAAUGGUGACGAGUUUGCAAACUGAUGGGAAGUUAAACAGCUGGCUGUCUAGUUCGGUCACAACAACCUUGAGCUGAACACGCUCAAAACAGUGGAGAUGAUAGUGGACAUCAGGAGAAGUCCAGGCACAAGAACAGUUUUUACCCUCAGGCCAUUUUCUACAUGAACAAUUAAACUGCCUUCAGGACUCCCCCAUAGUGCAAUCAUUUAUGUAAAUAUCUCAUGUACAUAUGUAAAUUCACAUAUUUAAUUCAAUAACUGUACAUACCCCUACCUUGCACAUACAUUACCACUUGCACAUGUACAUAUGCCAUUCUAUGUUAUACAGUAUGUCCUAUUAUUUGUAUGUCUAUUUAUACUCUUAUCUUGUUAUAUUAUCUGUG